CUAAGGGAACAAGCGAACUACGGAAAGAGCGGGAUAGGGAAAGAGCGAAGUACGGAAACAGCGAACUACGGAAAGAGCGAAAUACUGAAAGAACAACCAACGGAAAGGGCAGGCUAGGGAAGGAGCGGCCCAAGAGCAAGAGCGGCGGCCUAGACCGCGAGGGAAGAAGCGACCGCUGAGGAGCAACUGCCGUUCAAAAGAAUCUAGUGUUGCAUUUACUUCAACCCCCAAACCAUGCCGAGACUCUACAUAGCCAUGUAUGAGGCCGGAACCGGGAACUACGAGCACUGGGCUCUUUGUCUCGACGACGAGGACGGGAAUGUACCGACCAUCUUCGAGGUUAGCGGCGAAGAUGGCACCUUUGAGAAAAGCGCUGUUCAGGAUGAGCCAGAGAACAGGCUCUUACACAAGCGAAACCUUGCUGUUGGAGAAGUUAACGAGCGUGAUAUCCCCGAGUUGCUGAAAGUGAUUGAUGAUGCGAAGGUGGAUAAUGAGACCACGGAGUGGAAUUGCCAGGACUAUGUGAUUGAACUACUAGAAAUGCUUUAUGAGGAGUGCAUUAUUGACGAGGAUGACAAGGAGUAUAAGAGGGGUAUGAAGAAGGCGAAGGAUAAGUAUUUUGGCCCGCUAUAAAAUGCUGUUUUUACAUUGCCUGAAAUGCGAG